AGUUUAAAUGCCCGUGGGCAUUUGGAUGUGCCUGUCAAAGCUCGGGGCCCUGUCCUGCUGUGUGGGCAGGAACCAGCAGUGCUGUGUGUGGUCGGGGAUCAGCAGCACCAGGCUCUGCAGGCAGCGCUUGGUGAUCUCCUCCAGCCAGCACUGUCACUGCUCCAGGGGAGGACCUGUUCUGGGAGAGGAGCACAGCUCCCAGGGAGAAAUUGCUGGUCCUAACAGCGUGAGAGACAGCUAGAGCAACAAGGGUUUUUCUGCUGAUAAACCACUGGAGGGGAAUCUCCCUCUCCACGAAGCGCUGUCAUUCCAUUUCCAAAAGCUUGUCCCUGUCUCCAUCAGCGUUUAUGUGGGUACAUCUCUGCCGUGCUUGAGUGAUUUAUUUAAGCAUCGGCAGCUCCUGUAAAGUACAGUGAAGCACAAGAGGAGGAGGGAACAGAGGGGUAGGAAUGCGACUUUCCCUCCGUGAAAGCAAGCACAGGUGCCUAUUCUGCACAGCUCCAGUGCACUUACAUCAGUCGAGGGAGGAGGGAGACACGAAGGGUCAUUUCAGACAUUAAAUGUCUGCUGCUCAGACAUUUAAGGCCACUUAAUUAAUCGAACUAAAACAUUUCCUCUGGGAAGACUAUACACACACGCCUGUACUGUUCCUUCACUUUGCACAUCUGCUUCCAGUCCCUGUGCGGCGGUUUCACUAUGCUGGGGAGCUUUAGGGGAUUGAACUGAUGGGAAGGAGACACAGGGGAGGAAGGGAUCGCAUGAUUCGAGUUUAAAAGUUGGGCUAAGUCCGGCUUUGGAGUAUGUGUGAAAGAGGAGGAGUGAGUAGCAGCCACUCACGACACAGGCACGGGGCGUCCUGGCGGGGCGGCUGCGGGAGGAGUGUGAUGCACAAGCGGCGAAGUGAGAGGGAGCAGAGAGAGAGCGAGCGGGAGAGGAGCGAGCCGUGACUUCCACAGCGGCAGCCGCGAGAAAUCACCAGCCAGGAUUUGCUUCUCUCUCUCUCCCUCUCUCUCUGGUUUCAAAUCAGCUCCUCCCCCGUGUGGUUGUGGCUUUGCCUUCCAUCACAAGCCUGAUCAGCAACACCAGUCUUGGAAAAAAAAAAAAAAAAGAAAGAAAAAAGAAAAAAAAAAGAAAAAAAGAAAAAGAAAGAGAAAAAAAAAGGAGGGGGGGAAGAGACAAAAGGAAAAAGUGCAAAAGAAGAAAAAGGAAACAAGAAAGGGAAAAAAGAGGUGGGAAGAAAGUAAUCUCCUCUAUCCCUCUGCUGCAUCUAGCACAGAAGAGUCUGAAACUUUACGCGGAGUUCUCGCCGUGUUUCCCCGCGGCGGCUGAAUCGGCAGCGCCCGGCUCCCUCGCUGCUGCGCUCUGCUUCUUGCUCUUCCUCCCUCGCACUCAUCAGCAGUCGGCAGCGAUGGAAAAAGUUGCUGGCUGGUACCCAGCCUGGCACGUUGCUCUCCUGUUCUGGACAUGGCUUUUCCUCCUCACUUGCGGCUUUACCGGUGCAGAAAUAACUUGCAGAUCCUGCCGUUCCCAGGUGCAGCCGCAGCAGCAGCCGCAGCAGGGAUUACUGAUGCACUUGAGGACCGACAGAGGAGAAAAGGAGCAGAGGAGGUUCCUCGGGGAGAAGGGAAGUGAGAGAGGGCAAGAGGCCGGGACGGAGGAUGCCGGGCUGCAAGCGACCCUCGCCCCCGCCCCGGCGGGGAUGGAAUUCAGCGGCUGGGAGACCCGGCGAGUGACCAGGGAGCCGGAGAAAGUGGCCGGGGAGCGCCGUCCCCGAGCGGCAGCGGCGGCCCGGGCCCAGGAGCGGCCCCCGGAGGGCUCCCCCCGGGCGGGCUGGGUGCGGCGGCGGGGCCGGAGCCCGCGGGGCUCGGCGGGGCCGGGGCCGGGGCCGGGCGGCGCCGCGGGGCGGGAGCCGGGGGACGGCGGCGCCGCCCGCUUCGGGCUGGAGGAGCUGCGCCUGGCCAGCACCACCUUCGCCCUGGCCGGGGACUCGGCGCACAACCAGGCCAUGGUGCACUGGUCCGGCCACAACAGCAGCGUGAUUCUAAUUCUGACAAAGCUGUAUGACUACAACCUGGGAAGCAUCACAGAGAGCUCUCUUUGGAGGUCAACAGAUUAUGGGACAACAUAUGAGAAACUGAAUGAUAAAGUUGGUCUGAAGACUAUUUUGAGCUACUUGUAUGUUUGCCCAACAAACAAACGUAAGAUUAUGCUGCUGACUGAUCCAGAAGUUGAAAGCAGCUUAUUAAUCAGUUCUGAUGAGGGAGCCAGCUAUCAAAAAUACCGUCUGAACUUCUACAUCCACAGUCUGCUCUUCCACCCCAAACAGGAAGAUUGGAUCUUAGCCUACAGCCAGGAUCAGAAGUUAUUCAGUUCCGUGGAGUUUGGCAGAAGAUGGCUGCUUCUUCAUGAGGGAGUUACACCAAACAGGUUCUACUGGUCUAUGAUGGGGAAUGGAAGAGAGGCUGACCUUGUGCACUUGGAGGCAAGGACAGUGGAUGGUUAUGCCCAGUACAUCACCUGCAAGAUGCAGAACUGCAGCGAAGCCACUCGUAGCAAACCCUUUCCAGGCUACAUUGACCAUAACUCCCUGAUCGUCCAGGGUGAUUAUGUCUUUGUUCAGCUGACAUCAGGUGGAAGACCACAUUACUACGUUUCUUACAGGAGGAGCCCGUUUGCUCAGAUGAAGCUGCCAAAGUACUCCUUGCCCAAGGACAUGCAUGUUAUCAGCACAGAUGAGAACCAGGUGUUUGCAGCUGUACAGGAGUGGAACCAGAACGACACGUACAAUCUCUACAUCUCCGACACCCGAGGGGUCUACUUCACCCUGGCCCUGGAAAACGUCAAGAGCAGUCAAGGGCUGGAGGGGAAUGUGAUGAUUGACCUCUAUGAGGUAGCAGGGAUAAAGGGAAUGUUCUUGGCUAACAAGAAGAUUGACAACCAAGUGAAAACGUUCAUCACCUACAAUAAAGGGAGAGACUGGAGUUUGUUGCAGGCUCCACACACGGAUCUGAGAGGAAAUCCCAUUCAGUGUCUCCUACCCUAUUGCUCCCUUCAUCUUCACUUGAAGGUCUCAGACAACCCCUACACCUCAGGAAACAUCGCCAGCAGAGACACUGCCCCCAGCAUUAUUGUAGCUUCAGGUAAUAUAGGCACUGAGCUAUCAGACAAUGACAUCAGCAUGUUUGUUACUUCUGAUGCUGGGAACACUUGGAGGCAGAUUUUUGAGGAGGAGCACAGUGUUCUGUACCUGGAUCAAGGUGGUGUACUCGUUGCCAUGAAACACACAUCUCUGCCCAUCAGACACCUCUGGUUAAGUUUUGAUGAAGGGAGAUCCUGGAGCAAGUACAGUUUCACAUCCCUCCCACUGUUUGUGGAUGGAGUUUUAGGGGAGCCUGGAGAGGAAACCCUCAUCAUGACUGUGUUUGGGCACUUCAGCCACCGCUCAGAGUGGCAGCUGGUGAAAGUAGACUACAAGUCCAUUUUUGACCGGAGGUGUGCAGAAGAGGACUACAGGCCUUGGCAGCUCCACAGCCAGGGAGAAGCCUGCAUCAUGGGAGCAAAGAGGAUCUACAGGAAGCGCAAGUCAGAGAAGAAAUGCAUGCAAGGGAAAUACGCAGGGGCCAUGACCUCGGAGCCUUGCCUGUGCACAGAGGCAGACUUCGACUGUGAUUAUGGAUAUGAACGCCACAGCAAUGGCCAGUGUUUACCAGCAUUUUGGUAUAACCCAUCCUCCUUGUCAAAAGACUGCAGCCUUGGACAGAGUUAUCUCAACAGCACCGGGUACCGGAAGGUUGUUUCCAACAACUGCACGGACGGGGUGCGCGAGCGGUACACGGCCAAGCGCCAGCAGUGCCCGGGAAAGCCCCCGCACGGCCUGCGCAUCCUGACGGCCGAUGGGCGGCUCACGGCCCAGCAGGGACACAACGUCACCUUCCUGGUGCAGCUGGAGGAGGGAGACCUGCAGAGAUCCCUCAUUCAGGUGGAUUUUGGAGAUGGCAUCGCUGUGUCCUAUGCCAAUCUCAGCUCGACAGAAGAUGGGAUCAAGCACAUCUACCAGAACGUGGGCAUAUUCCGAGUGACUGUGCUGGUGGAGAACAGCCUGGGUUCCGACAGCGCUGUCCUCUACCUGCAUGUGACCUGCCCCCUGGAACACGUUCACUUGUCUCUGCCCUUUGUCACCACGAAGAACAAGGAGAUCAACGCCACAGCAGUGCUGUGGCCAAGCCAAGUGGGAACUCUUACUUAUGUCUGGUGGUUUGGGAACAACACAGAGCCACUGAUCACAUUGGAAGGGAGCAUCACAUUCACAUUUUCUGUGGAAGGGAUGAACACCAUCACUGUUCAGGUCUCAGCAGGAAACACCAUUCUUCAGGACACAAAGACUAUUGCAGUGUAUGAGAAGUUUCAGUCCCUGAGGUUAUCGUUCUCUCCAAACCUGGAUGACUACAACCCAGAUAUCCCAGAGUGGAGAAGGGACAUCAGCAGAGUAGUCAAGAGAGCUCUGGUGGAGGCUACAGAUAUUUCCAGCAAGCAUGUUCUGGUUGCAGUGCUCCCUGGCCUGCCCACGUCUGCUGAACUCUUCAUUUUACCAUAUCAAGAUGGCACAGGAGAAAAAAAAAGAACAGAAGCAAACCUAGAGCAGAUUUCAGAAACACUGAUCCAGAAACUGAAUCAAAACCUGGUCCAUUUUGAGUUGAAGCCAGGAGUUCGAAUCCUUGUCCAUGCUGCCCAUUUAACAGCAGCUCCCCUGGUGGACCUCAGUCCCAGUCACAGUGGUUCAGCCAUGCUGAUGCUCCUCUCUGUUGUUUUUGUGGGACUAGCUGUGUUUGUCAUCUACAAGUUCAAAAGGAAGAUUCCUGGCCUUAAUAUAUAUGCACAGAUGCAGAAUGAAAAAGAUCAAGAGAUGGUCAGUCCAGUCAGUCAGAGGGAAAGCAUACCUAAUGUCCCUCAGAGUGAGCUGAUGAGCCCUGAGCAACUAGUAGAUGAGAAGUUGGAAGUCCACCCCAUAGAGCAACCUCAGGCCACAGUCCAGAACCCAAGGAAAGGAAAUGCAACCAAGGUAGUCUGGACAGAGGACUUCCAAAAAGCUUGUGGAUCACCAAGAGAUUUCAAGCCAAGACCCAGAGCGGAAAUAUUUCCACAGCUGCUGAGCCCCAGAGCACAAAAGAAAUCCCUACCUAUGUAAAUGGUUGAAUUGAGGACACCAACAUCUGUAUCUAACAAAAGGAGGAGAGCUCACUGCAUUUGGACUUUUUAAUUCUUCAGAUGACAAAGGGUUUUUAGCUUUAAGCCUGUGCAUGUGGACAUUAUACUGAGACCAUAGUGGAGCUGCAUUGUACAGGUGUUCAAUUUUAGUGGGGGGUGGGGGGAGAGGAACUGGUACCACUAUUCACUCCUGCGGCCCUUCCCUUCACCCUUUCACUCUCUUUUUUCUGAUCUGUCUCUAAUUUGUAGAAAAUUCAUAAUGAUAUAGGCCAAGAAUAUGCAU